CCAAACUUCUCACAAUCACAUUUUCUCCACCACAUUGAAAGGAAUUUGAGUUAGGACGUUACCCGUGGAAUUUUGAUCUCUACGCAAACAAUCAAUUCUAAGAAAUUUCACCCAUCACAUUUUCAGCCAAAACACUCCUAUACAACACAGUACCCUUCAUAACUUAGCUCUCAUCAUGGUCCGUAUUAUUACCAGGCAUUCAUACACUUAACUAACAAUUUUGCAGGUCAGCGCAAAAGGGCAAAACUGGGAGAACUAUAAGAAGGUACAAGUCAUUCCUCAGGUUUGUCAGGACUCUUUUCUAAUAAGUUCUUAGGACUUUGCGGACGACGAGGUUGAAGAGAAGAAGAUCACACCUUUAUCAGAUGAGUAAGGUUAUCCAGGUCAUCGCAUCAUCACAGCACCUAACGCGAUCAUAGAGAUAUUCAAGUCCUAAAAACCUAUGGCGCAGCUCCCUAUGGUGCGGCGCUGAAGAAACUCGAACAACAGAUCAAGGAGAAGCAAACAAGUGUAAAUGAGAAGAUUGGCGUAAAGGUAGGGCUUUAGGAGAUACAACGUGUAUGGAUAUGACCUAAAUCUUCAUCAGGAAUCAGAUACUGGUUUAGCGCCACCUCAUUUGUGGGAUAUAGCUGCAGACAGACAACGAAUGUCAGAAGAGCAACCUUUACAAGUCGCAAGAUGUACGAAGAUUAUUCAAGACGAGAAGGACACGGAAAAGAGCAAAUAUGUCAUCAACGUUAAGCAAAUUGCGAAAUUCGUUGUAAAUCUUGGCGAACGUGUCAGUCCUACGGAUAUUGAGGAAGGAAUGAGAGUUGGGUAUGGCAAAUGCAUUCUCAAUAAUCUACAAAGCUAAUUUAUCUCGAAUAGUGUCGAUCGCAACAAGUACCAAAUUUUAUUACCAUUACCACCGAAGAUUGAUGCCAGCGUUACGAUGAUGACAGUUGAGGAGAAGCCGGAUGUUACAUACGGUGAUGUUGGAGGUUGCAAGGAACAGGUUGAAAAGCUACGAGAAGUCGUCGAAAUGCCACUGCUAUCACCAGAACGAUUCGUCAACCUUGGUAUCGACCCACCUAAGGGUGCUUUGCUUUAUGGUCCUCCAGGAACUGGAAAAACUCUCUGCGCCAGAGCUGUCGCAAACAGGACUGAUGCUACAUUUAUUAGAGUCAUUGGUAGUGAAUUGGUACAAAAGUAUGUUGGAGAGGGUGCUAGAAUGGUUCGUGAAUUAUUCGAAAUGGCGAGGACGAAGAAGGCAUGUAUUAUUUUCUUCGAUGAAAUUGAUGCUGUUGGAGGCGCUCGUUUCGAUGAUGGUGCUGGAGGAGACAAUGAAGUACAACGAACUAUGUUGGAGUUGAUUACCCAACUCGAUGGUUUCGAUGCGAGAGGAAACAUUAAGGUCAUGUUCGCCACCAACAGACCUUCCACCCUGGAUCCUGCAUUGAUGAGACCUGGACGUAUCGACAGAAAAAUAGAAUUUUCGCUACCAGAUCUCGAAGGAAGAGCAAAUAUUCUCAGGAUUCACGCUAAGAGUAUGUCUGUCGAGAGAGACAUCAGAUGGGAAUUGAUUUCACGUCUUUGCCCCAACUCUACUGGUGCCGAACUUCGAAGUGUCUGUACAGAGGCGGGAAUGUUCGCUAUUCGUGCUAGAAGAAAGGUCGCAACAGAAAAGGAUUUCUUGAGCGCGGUUGACAAGGUCAUCAAGGGCAACUUGAAGUUUAAUUCCACUGCCACUUAUAUGCAAUACAACUAGAGGUCUAUCAAAGACUGGAGGGAUGUAUAUUAGCUGGCGUUGGUGUAUAAGAUAGCAUUAAUGCAGAAAUCCAUGAUCACUCCAUUAUUGGCGGUACGUGUUUUCCAAAAUUUGCGUAAUAAAGCCAUAUAAUGUUUCCGCCCGUCAUCUUUGCUAGCAACUGCAAUAAUUCUAUUCGUUGGUCACGCUGUUACUUUUGAUAUCACUGGUUAGUUUGGUUUUAUAUAAAGUUUAAAGACAUCGCAAUUCUGCUUAAUUCACGCAAGGAAGUUGAGGUCUCAUUCUCGUCAACUUGAGCAUUGAGAAAUGUAGGGUCCGUUCAUGAUGC